AUGGCGAAAAAAAGCGAUAUAAGAAGGCAGAGUGUGAUUGUACAUCCGAUCGAUCCCACCGAGUGUCCUUUUAGGGAAUUUAGAGAUAACGAGCUGUCACCGGACUACUGGGGGAUGGGACCCGCAGCAUUUCGAGGGAGUCACUUUACGAGUAAAGCUUCGAAGUCGAUGGCUGACUUCGUGUGGGUAGAUGAACAAACUCAGCCUUUACCAAGAUCUGCAAGACGAUAUCUUCACAGCUGGGUACGCGCUGAAGAACUGGCUUUACGCAGAUGGGACGCAGAAGUUGUGAUUUUUGAGAUUGAACAUCAAUGGGAGCACUUUAUUUUCAAUAUGGGCCCUGAAGGCUGGAGAUCUAGAUACCAUAUCUACUCACCCGGGUUAAAAUCUGGCGGUGGGCCACAGCAUCGGCCUACUUUGUCGAAGAACGGUUGCUAUCUAGUUAGACUGUUCUACCUCGGAGCCUGGCGCUGUGUGUGGGUUAGUGACCAAGUUCCAGUGGACGCCACUGAUUCUCCACUGCUUCCUUUCUCCCCUCUGCUAUGUCAUAAUCCAGCUAAGCCAGGAGUUAAGCAAACUCCAGCUGUCACAUCAAAUGUGGUGCACCUCUGGCCAUUAUUAAUAUGUAAGGCUCCAAUUGGGCAAAGCAAAUUGGCUUCAACCAACUUAACAUCG